AUGAUCGCAAAUCCCAUACCUGCAACCUUCAUGCGCGGCGGAACGUCGAAGGGGAUCUUCCUGCACCGUUCUGCCUUGCCGGAGGACCGCUCGCAAUGGAACGGCAUUUUCCUAGGCAUAAUGGGUUCGCCCGAUCCCGUGCAUGGAAGACAGCUAAACGGCAUGGGCGGAGGGAUCUCGAGCCUGUCCAAGAUAUGCGUCGUGGGCCCCCCUUCUCCCGACAAAUUGGCGGAUGGAGUCCACGUCGAAUAUACGUUCGUACAGGUCGGCAUUCGGGAUGCUAGCAUCGACUAUUCGGGGAAUUGCGGAAAUUUGUCGAGCAUGAUCGGUGUGUACGCGCUUGACGAGGGGAUCUGCAAGGCCUCGUCCGACACGGUUCGGGAUGGGCGGGCUACAAUUCGCUCGUUCAAUACCAACACACAGAAGAUUAUUGAUACAACUUUCCCCGUCUCUGAUCAAGGUGUCGCGGAUCUGGACGUUCCAGAAGCGACGGUCGCUGGUGUACCCGGAAAGGCCUCCGAAAUUAUACUUGACUUUGUGAAGCCAGGUGGUGCACGUACUGGCAGACUCCUUCCGACCGGCAGUCCCUCUGACACGAUUGACAUACCGGGCCUAGCCAACGGUGUUCGGGUUUCAUGUGUCGAUGCUACCAACCCAACCAUAUUCGUCAGGCAAUCUGACCUGGAAAAAGCUCUCCCGGUUAACGAGUAUUAUAACCAAUCCCCUGCGGCAGAGCAGACGGUUAGCCCAAUCCUCGAGUCCCUACGACAGACGUGCGCGGUGCGGAUGGGGCUUGACCCGACUGCUCAAGCGCAGCCAAAGAUUGCGCUCCUCGCCCCUCCAGCUGGGGCCGCCGAUGUAGACCAAGGCGUUGACAUUGCAAUUCGUGCUCUUUCGAUGGGAGUCCUCCACAAAGCCGUGCCAAUGACCGUAGGUCUGUGUUUAGGCGUCGCAGCCAAGAUACCCGGGACGAUAGCCUGGGACAUCGUACACCCCACACGCACGGGGGGAAAGAGUGAUGAGUUGACGCGGAUAAGGCAUCCUGGCGGCUAUGUGGACGUUGGGGCCGAGUUUGACGGUGAUGGAUCUGUACUCAGCGCCAAGGUAGUAAGGACUGGGAGAAGACUGAUGCGAGGGGUGGUUUGGUGGUGA